GGUGCUAAACCACAUCUGGAUGAAAAACAUCUGGACUCCUCUCUCUCUCUGCGUACAUGAGCGUCUCUGCGCUGAGGACCGACAGACCGACGGACUAACUGACCGAGCGCCCGUGUGUUUCUCCGGCUGACUUUGCCCGCAGAUGAUGGCUCGGUGCCGGACGCUUUGGACCGGGAUCCUCGUCCUCAUGACCGCCUGUCUCCCAGUUGUUGUCCAGACCUUCAGCCACCUGAACUUCAACCUGUGUAAGUGGUGUGAGGUGUCCAGUCCGGUGUGUAAAGACAGCAUCUGCAUUAGUAACUGCACCAUGACCUCCUUCUGCACUGACACUGAGGAGAUCUGCAUCGCCAUAUGGAGGAAGACCAACGACACCAUGACGGUUCAAACGAUGUGUCACCACCCAGCUCUGCAGCUGGAGGGUGUAGACCCGGGCCUGUUGCUGAACCUCACCUCCAAAGAGUGCCACAUGGUCCCGCAGCCCGCGGAGGAUGGAUCCAUGAUGGUCUGUGGCUGCCAUGGAGAACACGAAUGUAACGACAAACUCAUCUUCAACAAGAGAGCCAACGGUUUCUUCAAGCUGCAGAGUAAAGACGUGAUCCCGGUGGUGGUGGUUAGUUUGGUGCCUCCUCUCCUUGUGGCCAUAGUUGCCACUGCUGCCUUCUACUUCUACCGCACACACCACCCUGACAAACCUGGCCCUCCUGCACGUCCUGACUGGCCCACCAAACACACCCCAGAGCUCUACCAGGCUUUGGACAUGCCGUGUGGAGGCCGGGGGGCUCGGGCAAAGGAUGGAGGAGCAGUUGGAACAGGUCGUCAAUCUGAAAUGGAGGAGUCUAACGCCAAGGUGCCGUCUCACAACAAUGACAUCAUCAGUGACGUCACUGAUUGGCAAGGGCAAUUGACUGAACUGCUGCCCAUUAAACUGGACCUCCUGGUGGGGAAGGGGCGCUUCGCUGAAGUAUGGAGGGCACACCUUCUGCAGGGUGAGAAGGGUGGAGUAAACAGUUAUGAAACUGUGGCGGUGAAGGUGUUUCCAGCUGUGGAGUAUGCCUCGUGGAGAAAUGAGUGCUCCAUCUUCUCUGACCCCAAACUGGAGCACGACAAUGUGGUUCAGUUCCUGGCAGCUGAAGAGAGGGGUCCACCCGGUCACGCCCUCAGAAAGUACUGGCUGGUUUUGGCCUAUCACAGCUUGGGAAACCUGCAGGACUUCCUCACAGCAAACAUACUGAGCUGGGGGGAACUUGUCACCAUGGCAGCCAGUAUUGCUAAAGGGGUGGCUCAUCUCCACAGUGACACAACACCCAAUGGAGUACCAAAGGUGCCUGUUGCCCAUCGGGACCUGAAAAGCAGUAACAUUGUGGUGAAGAGUAGGAAGGAAUGUGCCCUGUGUGACUUUGGUCUGGCAUUAAAAUUAGACCUCUCCCUCACUGUUGAUGACUACGCCAACAGUGGACAGGUGGGAACAGCUCGUUACAUGGCUCCUGAGGUGCUUGAAUCCAGGGUGAACCUGGAGGACCUUGAGGCCUUCAAACAGAUGGAUGUUUACUCCAUGGCUCUAGUCCUCUGGGAGAUGGCUUCCCGCUGCCACGCCAUCGGAAAGGUGGAGAGCUACGAGCCGGCGUUUGGCUCCAAGGUUUGUGAGCAGCCCUGUGUGGACAGUAUGAGAGACCUGGUGCUGAGGGACCGAGGACGACCUGACAUCCCCUCAGCAUGGACGCAGCAUCAGGGGAUGAGUGUCUUCUGCUCCACCAUCACUGAGUGCUGGGAUCACGACCCAGAGGCCAGGCUGACGGCUCACUGUGUGGUGGAGCGCUUUAACGCCCUGCAGCAGGAGGAGCAGCAGGAGGAGCAGGUGGAGCAGGAGGAACAGCAGGAGGAGGAAUUGAUACCAGAAGCUGACAGAGAGGAGGACGAAGAGAGACAAAAGAACUCAGAGAUGCCUGUUAAUGACCAGAUCCACUCCCUCUCCACAGCUGCUUCCUCCUCCUCCUCCUCCUCCUCCUCCCCUUCGGUUCUUCAGUCAAAGAGAGACGGUGCAGAGGUGUCAAAUGAUAUCCUGGUUCGCACUGGUUCUGUGGUGUGACCUCGUGAGCCCUACUUCAUCCUGCUGGUGGCUGUGUUAGCACUGCCUGAGUAACAGGCCUUCCAACAGUGAAGGGGCUGAUAAGUGACGUCAGUUGGUCAGUGCUUCCAUCACUCUGGUCUAGGCCAUUCAUGUUCUCCAGGGGAUUAAUACCAUCGACUUUGUUUUCUCUAGCACCACCAGACAUUUAACAUUUUUGAUCCAUACUGAAACAUCUCAACAACUAUUGGAUGGAUUGUGAUGAAUUUCUUUGACUUCUCAUCUAGCGCCAUCGUGUGGUUAAAACUUUAACUCGUCCAAUACGUUGGUUUGUCGUGCUGUGUGAGCCCACUAUAUAGUCCACUUCAAUGAAUUCUCUAUAUAGUGAGUAGGGCAAAGGGAAUGAGUGAAUGAUUUCAGACACAGCCUAUGUGUUUACUGCUAAUUCAUAAAUAUUAGCAUGCUAAACUAAGCCUAGGUCCAAUAGGGUCUCCGUCCAGAUGAGUGUUUUAGCUCAGUAUCAGAAUAAUCUCUGUCCAUACUAACAUAACUGAAAACUCAUAUCAUAAGACCAUUCACAUACACAGGAAGUAGGUUGUCUACUCUGCAGUUGAUUGUUUAGUUGCAGAAAACUAUGAGAAACAGCAACAACGAUAUAUAAGGAUUUAGCUGCGCAAUAGCUGCUAGCAAACACACCUAGGUCAGCAACAUUUGUAAUUCAUUAUCCAUUUUACACGCACCACUGGUAGAUGAGGCUGAAAUGGGUCACGUGAUCGGAGCGUGACCAAUCAGGGAAGGAUAUGUUGUGACUAAUAAGAACCAGUCAGGAAGUGAAUGCUGGCAUCUGUGUCACCAUUUCCAAACAUUUCUGCCCGUCCAGACACACAACCCCACAGUUUUCAAAUUAAAGUGGAGCCAACAGCGUUUCUGAAAGUCUCAGUUUUAGAGGCUUGAAAACUUUGGGGUAGUGUGUACACCAGGUGUAACCAUAGCAACAAUGAUGAGUCUUAAAGCUAAAACAUAUUAGUGUAGACAUGUUGGCACUGUCAUUGUAAUCUGGUCAGUAUUUAGCUCAAAGCAACCCUUGAAGGUGAGAAGGACACCCAAAAUACCAAGUGUGAGUGGGAGUAUGCACAUUCAGACACAGUAAAUGUUAACCUGCUUAAAUUUUGACCUGAUGGUGGCGCUAGAUGAAAAGUCAAAGCAUCAUUAAAGUUAUUAAACUCCAUCCUGAGGGGAACAUGAAGGUCUGAACCACAUUUCACCACAGUCCAUCCACUAGUUUAAGUUUUUCCGUCUGGACGAUGAUUGCCAAUGUUUUCUCAUGGGACAUCCUGGAGUUCUCGUCUGAGGACCAGAGAGGACAGACGUAUCCAAAGACUGACUUUGUGCCUUAAAUGAUGGACUCACUUCACACAGAGUGAGCAGUCAGGGAUGUGAUGUGUUACCUUCUCAUAGUCAUCAUUCUGCUGGCAGAGACGUACACUCAGACUCUUUUGUUGUAUGAAAUUGUUUCAUUUUGUUGGAGCUGGUCUCCAUUUUGUUAUGGUAUAAUAUUCUCUAAUAGUGACUGUGAUUAUCAUUACUAUAACCUACAUGUAUGAAUUUUCUGCCCUUUGUGUUUAUAAAAACAAAUUACAGCACAAUUUGGAUGUGAUUUUCCAUUUUCAGUCACAAAACCUCUGCCACGCCUAAUUAUAUGUGUAAUUAUUAAUUAUACGUAAUUAUAUGCAACAUUUUUGUUGUUUCCAAGAUGUAAAAAUGGAAAAGAGAGUGUAGAUUGCUGAGCACAAACACUAAAGAAUUCAGCAACUAAAAAUACCUUUCCAUUCAACAUGAAACACAAGCACAGAGAACCACUAUAGGGUGGGAAACACAGUAUCUCCAAAUUCUGUUUGUUUUGCAAUAAAGUUUUCUGUAUUUUA